UCGAAUCGAAAGAUGAGCUACAUUAAGAUUACCGUUCUUUUUGUAUUAGUUCAUCUAUCAGGAUGUUUAGCUCUUCCGCUAAGCUCCGCAACGGAAGGAAUUAGCGAACAGGACUGGAACCAAUGCCGGAAAUAUCUCAAGGCAUUUUACAACAUGACAGAGACAACUUUGAGAAAGAGCGAUAACGGAUUAACAAGAAAGAUUGAAGAAAUGCAAGAAUUCUUCGGUCUGCAAGUAACUGGGACUCUGAACCGUGAAACGCUGGUGGAGAUGAACCGGGCCCGCUGCGGAGUACCUGACGUUCAGCAGUAUAGCUUCUUUCCAAGGACACCUCGGUGGCUCCGCAAUAGAAUCACAUACAGAAUUGAAAAGUAUACAUUGAAACUGAGCCAGCGAGAGGUAGACGCUGUAAUUUCCAUGGCUUUGAAAGUUUGGAGCGAUGUCACCCCCCUGACAUUUGUCAGGCUCUACACCGGAGAAGCUGACAUCAAGAUUUCGUUCGCAAGCGGCAGUCACGGGGACUUUAACGAUUUUGAUGGAGAGGGCGGUAUUUUAGCGCACGCUUUUGCUCCUGGAGCAAAUCUCGGCGGCGAUGCUCACUUUGAUGAAGAUGAAAGGUGGACGUUGUCAAGAUACGGAAUCAACCUGUUCCUUGUCGCGGCCCAUGAAUUUGGUCACGCUCUCGGACUCGGUCACUCUAAUGAUAGAUCCGCCUUGAUGUUUCCCACCUAUUCCUAUGUCAAUACCAAUGGGUUUCGUCUCCCAGACGACGACGUUAGGGGGAUCCAGGCUUUAUACGGAGCUCGCCAAGACCCAAGGCCAACACAACCACAACCUAAACCACCUCAACCAACAAAAACUCUGGACAAGUGUGAUCCUCAAUUGUCAUUUGAUGCAGUUACUAGCUUACGUGGAGAACUUUGGUUCUUUAAGAACGGAAACAUUUGGCGGAAGCACUCUCGACAUCGCCAUGUAACAUCGGUUCCAAUCAAAUAUAUUAAUCCAAACAUUCAGUCAAUAGACGCUGCUGUUGAAUUCAAGGACAAAGAUGUGGUGGUGCUUUUCAAAGGAUCAAAUUACUGGCUAAUUCGAGGCUUCAGGACUUUGGCAGGUUAUCCUAGGAAUAUCAGAGCUUUUGGAUUUCCCAGAUAUGUUACACACGUAGAUGCCGCCCUAUACGUCAAGGAAAGAAGGAGAGUAUUAUUCUUUGUUGGAAAUGAGUAUUGGAGUUAUAAUUCAAGGAGAAAGCAAAUGGACAGAGGCUACCCAAGAAGAAUAGAAGAUGACUUUCCAGGUAUUGGAAACGAAGUAGAGUCAGCAUUUCAAAAUUACGGCUACUUCUACUUAUCUAAUGGAGCUACACAGUAUGAAUAUGACUACAGGAACAAACGCACUGUCCGCAUUCUGAGGCCAAAUGAUUGGCUAAACUGCACUUAGGGAAUAAUAUGUAUUUUGUUUGAACAGUUAUCUGAUGAGUUUUCAUCAGAAUACUAUACUCUUUGAAAACAAUGGCACUUCAUUUUAGGUUACAAUUUGAAUGUUUUGUUACAGCAUGAGAACAGCAUUUAUUUUUAAUAAUUUAAAAACAAAUAGCAAAUAAAUGUAUCAUACUUUAUAUGUUUCACUUUAAAUUACUGUUGAAUAUUCUUUUCUGUGAAUCAUAAUGUACAUCACUAUAUAACUCAAGAUUUGACACUUCUGCUCAAAGUGGCAAUGGAGUAGCAAUGCAGCCUGUGGGUCCUGAGCCCAAAACUCAACUGCUCCACAUGCUUUUAAUUUUCUUUGUUCUUUCUUUUUUAUUUUUAUAUUUAAAUCUUACUUACCUUCUGUGGAGAGCUUGGACAGCAUUUAGGUGUCCGGUGUGUUGGAGACAAAGUUUAUUCCCAGUGGCAGAAGGAGUUGAGUUUGUGCUCCUGGUCUUAGCGUUGGAGUGGAAGAGCCUGGCUCCAAGUCCAUGGCUAAGCAUCUAAGAAAGACCGUAAUGUUGACCUUUUAACUUUAUUUCCUUACUUUUCUACUCUACACCUAAGAUUUUGUAUCUAGGUACCUUUGUACCUAAGAUGGCACUGGAGAAUGGUGACUUUGACCACUAAUCACUGUAAUCCUGUAUCCCUGUACUUGAAUACAUGUGACAAUAAAACCUAAUUCUAAAUUCUAAUUCUAAUUAAAAUAUGCAGGCUUAAUGAACAGACAGAAAAUUGACAUAUAGUUACUAUUUUUGUACUGUAUUUGUUUAGUCUAUUUCUAUCAUUUAGUAUUGGUUAAAUGUUUAAAUACUGCCUUCUAUUAUGAGCACUGUUUUAUAUAAUGUAAAAUCAACAUUUACUAAGAAAGCAAGAACUGCAGAUGCUGGAAUCAGAGAUAUCAAAAUGUGGAGCUGGAGGAACAGAGCAAGUCAGGCAGCAUCAGAGGAGCAGGAAAGUUAACAUUUCAGUUCGGGACCCUUCUUCAGAAUUCAGAAAACAUUUACUGAGCUCUUUUUGUGAUAACUGUGAAUUAUAAUUUUAAUUCAUGCUAAAAUAUCAAUUGAAUGCCUGUUUUGAUUGCAUGUCACUGAAGUGUUAUGAAAUGGACCUCUUAAGUUCUUCAAAUAACUUGUCAUGAUUACAGGGGAUGUAUAAUAAUAUCAAUCACUAUUAUUCAUGAUAAACUGAAUAUUCUGGAGAAAUUCAGCAAGUCUGGCAGCAUCUGUCUGAGUUUUAGAUCUCCACCAUCCACAGAAUUUUGCUUUUGCUUUUAUUCAUUAAUUUGCUAAAUGAUCACUCACUAUCUGCACUUGACCUGAGAUUUGAUCAUUUGAAAAGGAGAGGAGUGUGGUUUAGCAAUAUUGCUGAACUUUUAGCAAAUUGAGAGAUUAGGACACAUUAGAAUAUUUUCUGCUGGUAUGUUUCAUAUCUGUAGACAUGUUGAACCUAUUGAAUGCAAAAUCUUAAUUUUACCAAAACAUCUGUAUUUAAAUCAUAAUCACUGUGAUGAGAGAAUAAAAGUCUUUAUCUGAACUUCA